CUUGCCAUUUUGUUUAUGAUUACUGUAUUCCCAUCUCUCUGUGCAAAUAAGAAACCCAACUGCAAUCGCCAUUUAUCUUCCCGCCUCUCUCUCUCUCUCUCUCUCUCUCUCACACACACACACACUGAGGAAGGCGGCGAACUCUAGUCGGUGGAGGCGUUAUAAUGAUAAAAGGAAGUCGCAUUAUAGAGUCGUUUCUAUGGAAGAUGUCGGGAUUAUUCAACUUCUUCAUCCUUCUGUUGUUCUUAUCGACGAGUCUUCGUGAUAUCAGAUCCGCCGCUCAGCUUUUGCCUGAUGAUGAAGUUGAAACUAUGAGAGUCAUAGCCUCAAAGCUACAAAACACUAGGUGGAAUGUUUCUAGAGAUUCAUGCACUACAGGUGAAGGGCUACAACAGAUAAUUUCCAAUGAUACAAGAUCUGAAAGGAGACAUAUUAUGGAAGUUGGAAGCAAUAUAACUUGCAACUGUAACAUCACUAAUAGUACUUUUUGCCACAUAACAAACAUCCAGGUGAAAAAAAUGAACUUGAACGGAGUUUUACCUGAGGAAUUUGCAAAUCUCACUUUUCUGCAAGAAAUAGAUCUGACUCGCAACUAUAUCGGUGGCUCUAUUCCCGCAAGUUUCAGCCAGCUUCCUCUUAUUUUCUUGAGUAUUGGGGGGAAUCGCAUCAGUGGUUCCAUACCUGAACAAUUAGCUAAUAUUUCUACACUUGAGGAAUUGGUCGUGGAAAACAACUUGCUUGGAGGACCACUUCCUCCACAACUUGGACGCUUGUCUCGCUUGAGAAGAUUUGUUGCUUCUGCAAAUAACUUUACUGGAACUAUACCGGUUUCAUAUGGCAAUCUGACUAAUUUAGAACAGUUUAGGAUAGAUGGGAGUACAUUAUCUGGGAGUAUACCUGAUUUUAUCGGAAACUGGAAAAAUCUCACAGUACUUGAUAUGCAAGGAACGAACAUGUCUGGACCCAUUCCUACUACAAUAUCUCUGUUGAGAAAAUUGAAAUCAUUGAGGAUAUCUGAUUUGGCUGGAUCAUCGAGUUCACCAUUUCCUAAUCUGGAGGCUAUGACAAACAUGGAGGAUUUGAUUUUGAGAAAUUGUUUGCUUACUGGCCCAAUGCCUAAGUACAUUGAUGGAGGAUAUGACGAUUUAAAAAACAUAGACCUGAGCUUCAACCAGCUGAAUGGUUCAAUACCCGAAUUAUUUCAAUUUAUAGACUUUGACACCUUGUUUCUAAAUAACAACUCACUAUCCGAAGAUAUUCCAGCAUGGAUGUUUUCUCGCACAGACAAGAUUGACUUAUCUUACAACAAUUUUGCAAAUACUACACAGCAAACUUGUGGGUCAUCUAGAGUGAAUUUGGUUUCAGCCUUGUCACCUUCAGCCCCUGCACCCAACAGAGAAAGUUGGUGUUUAAGAGACGAAAUUGGUUGCAGCAGAAGCCCCAAGUAUCAUUCGUUGUUUAUUAACUGUGGUGGAGAUAGCACAGUGUUUGAGGGAAACGAAUAUCAAAGGGAUUUUAGCAACGAGCAAGCUUACUUCUAUUCUGAAUCGGAUGGAUGGGCUUAUAGCGCUAAUGGUGUUUUCAUGGGCAACAGUAGUGCCCCAUUUGUUGGAACCAAUACGAAUGUAAGAGAUGGUAAAAUAUACGAAUCAGCUCGCUUUUCUCCCACUUCACUUAGGUACUACGGAUUAUGUUUGAGGGAAGGAAGUUAUAAAGUGAGGCUCCAUUUCGCUGAAAUAAGUUACACAAAUGAUUCCACAUUUGCAAGCCUUGGAAGACGCUAUUUCGAUAUAUCAAUCCAAGGCGUUUUGGAGCGGAAAGACUUUAGUAUUGUGGAAAGAGCUGGAGGUGUUGGAAGAGGGACCUUCAUAGAUUUUGAUAAUGUUACGGUUACUGGUAGCACGUUGGAGAUUCACUUGUACUGGGCUGGAAAAGGGACAACUGGCAUUCCUGAGCGAGGUGUUUAUGGACCUCUUUUAUCAGCCAUCGCAAUAACACCAAACUAUAAUGUCAGUACAGGUGGGAUUUCUGCUGGAGCUAUUGCUGGAAUUGUGAUUGGUUCAUGUGCGUUUAUAGUCCUAAUUUUAGCUCUGCUUUGGUGGGGAGGAUAUAUAGGAGGAGACAAAGAAGAUAAAGAGCUUCGAGCGCUUGAAUUACAAACGGGUCUCGCACGUGCCCUUUUUGGUAAAGAGAACCAGAAGCUUAAUUUGGACUGGUCAACAAGAAAGAAGAUAUGUAUGGGAAUCGCAAAGGGCUUAGCUUAUUUACAUGAGGAGUCAAGAUUGAAAAUAGUUCAUAGAGAUAUAAAAGCCACAAAUGUGCUUCUUGACAAGGAUUUAAACGCUAAAAUAUCGGAUUUUGGUUUGGCAAAACUUGAUGAAGAAGAGGAUACUCAUAUCAGCACACGAAUUGCUGGAACUAUAGGAUAUAUGGCUCCGGAAUAUGCAAUGAGAGGAUACUUGACAGAUAAAGCAGAUGUUUACAGCUUUGGAGUUGUGUUGUUGGAGAUUGUGAGUGGGAAAAGCAACACAAAUUAUAGACCAAAGGAGGAGUUUGUCUACCUUCUCGACUGGGCGUAUGUUCUACAAGAGCAAGGGGGUCUCUUGGACUUAGUGGACCCAGGUCUUGUUAAAUACUCAAAAGACGAAGCAUUGAUGAUGUUAAAUUUGGCUAUCUUAUGCACGAAUAUAUCACCCACACUUCGCCCACCAAUGUCAUCAGUCGUCAAAAUGUUGGAUGGGAAAUUACCACUUCUGCCCCCAGUGGUGAAACGAGGGGUGGGGAAUCCCGACAUUAAGUUUAAAGCUUUUGACAUGAUGUCACAUGAUAGUCAAACACAAGUCUCAACUAUCUCAGCAGAUAGUCAAGGCCCCAGUCUGUGGAAUGAUACAUCCUUGUAUAAGGAUGAGACACAGGGUACGUCUUCUGAGACGAAGCUUCUUCCCGAUCUUUAUGAUGUUGAUAUAUGAAUCCUUAAUUUAUUUCUUCAUUUAUAGAUAUAUUAUACAUGUGUGAGUUGUACAAAAUAUGUUUAAAUUUUUGGUUGUAGGUCUAUUAUCGCAAUGUAAUUUUUGCAAAAUUUUGUUUAGAUUUGUCUCAUGGGCUAUGGUUUUUUAUAUAUAUCCUUCAACUCUGGCAUUCCUGGACAC